AUGGCGGGUCAGACGAUAAACGACAGGCUCCUUGCCGCUCGCCAUAGUAUCGCGGGGCAGGGAUUAGCAAAAUCAGUAUGUAAAGCAACAACCGAAGAGAUGAUUGCACCCAAAAAGAAACAUUUAGAUUAUCUAGUACAUUGCACAAACGAGCCCAAUGUGUCGAUCCCACAGCUGGCCAACUUGUUGGUAGAGAGGACACAGAACACUAACUGGGUGGUUGUCUACAAGGCACUCAUUACUGUACAUCACUUACUCGCAUAUGGAAAUGAGAGAUUCACGCAAUAUUUAGCGUCGAGCAAUUCGACGUUUCAAUUAAGCAAUUUCCAUGACAAGAGUGGGGUUCAAGGCAUAUAUGUGCUUGCAGUAUCGUUUCUCGGACACGCAAUGACGAGAAAGUCUGAUAUAGACGAAUGGGGUUAG